AGAAGAUGGCGGCCGUGCGUCGUUAACCGUUAAAUCCCGGAGCGGAGAUUCUCUUCCCGUGUGACCCGGAUGUUAACCGAGUGGACACAUGCAACCGAUUUCUGGACGAUUCUCCGCGGCUCCACGAUGAGUUGACAGGGGGACACACACCGAGGAAGACGUCCGGAUUAAGAUGAGAGAAACCUGCCUGCCAGCAGCACAGAGGACCGAACCAGCCUUGGAGGACAGCUAACCCACGAAUGGCCUGCCAGUCUGUCUCUGCAGUCAUGGACGAGCAGGCCCUGCUGGGGCUCAACCCGAACGCCGACGCCCGCUACAGGCACCGGGCCAUGGCGUACUUUGAGCAGCUGAAGGAGUCCCAGGAUGCCUGGGAGGUCUGUGCUGAGGCCCUCGCUACAGGGAUUUACAACGACGACCAUGUGAAGUUCUUCUGCUUCCAAGUUUUGGAGCAUCAGAUAAAGUUCAGACACGCCGGUCUGAGCGCCGCUCAGCAGCAGCUCAUCAGGGAGACUCUGAUGAAGUGGCUCCAGUGUCAGCUGAUGAACGCCCAGCCCGAGAAGCCCUUCAUCCGGAACAAGGCGGCCCAGGUGUUCGCCCUCACCUUCGUCAUGGAGUACCUGACCCUGUGGCCCAAGUUCUUCUUCGACAUCCUGUCCCUGGUGGGUCUGAACCCGCACGGCGUGGACGUCUACCUGCGGACGCUCAUGGCCAUCGACGCCGAGGUGGUGGACCGAGACAUCCUCCACUCGCCCGACGAGAUGCGCAGGAACUCUUUAAUCAAAGACAGCAUGCGGGAGCAGUGCAUCCCCCACCUGGUGGAGUCCUGGUUCCAGAUCCUGCAGGCCUACCAGCGGUCCCACCCGGAGCUCACCUGCCAGUGUCUGGAGGUGGUGGGACUGUUCGUGUCCUGGAUUGACCUGAACCUCAUCGCCAACGACCGGUUUGUGAACCUGCUGCUGAGUCAGAUGUCGGUGGAGGAGCUGAGAGAGGAGGCCUGCGACUGCCUGUUUGAAAUAGUCAACAAAGGGAUGGACCCCGUGGAUAAAACCAAGCUGGUGGAGUCGCUGUGCCGAGUCCUGCAGUCUGCAGGGUUCUUCAACGUGGAACAGGAAGAGGACGUGGACUUCCUGGCCAAGUUCUCCCGGCUGGUGAACGGCAUGGGCCAGAGUCUGGUCCUCAGCUGGACCAAGCUGGUGAAGACGGGCAACGUGAAGGACACGGCGGAGACGCUGCAGGCCUUGGAGAGCAAAGUGCCGCUCCUGCUGCAGCUGCUGGUGCACGAGGACGACGACAUCUCGGCCAACGUCGUCGGCUUCUGCUACGAGUACCUGCACGUCCUCAAACAGCUUCCUCAGCUGACAGACCAGCAGAAGACAAACAUCGAGGCGAUCAUGCUGGCCGUCAUGAAGAAACUGACGUACGACGACGAGUACAACUUUGAAAACGAGGGCGAAGACGAGGCGAUGUUCGUGGAGUACAGGAAGCAGCUGAAGAUGCUGCUGGACCGUCUGGCCCAGGUGUGUCCCGAGCUGCUGCUGGAGGCCGUACGACGAGUCUUCACCAACACGAUGCAGAAUUGGCAGACGGCUCAGUUCAUGGAGGUGGAGGUGGCCGUCCGGCUGCUGUACAUGUUGGGCGAAGCUCUGCCAGCGUCUCACGGCGCUCACUUCUCCGGGGACACAGCGAAGACGAGCGCCCUGCAGGACAUGAUGAGGACGCUGGUGUCGUGCGGCGUGAGCAGCUACCAGCACAGCUCCGUGUCUCUGGAGUUCUUUGAAACGGUUGUUCGAUACGAUAAGUUCUUCAUCGUGGAGCCUCAACACAUCCCCAACGUUUUGAUGGCGUUUCUGGACCAAAGAGGACUGAGACACAACAGCCCGAAGGUCCGCAGCCGGGUGGCCUACCUCUUCUCCAGAUUCAUCAAGACCCUGCAUAAACACAUGAAUGCCUUCAUAGAGGACAUCCUGUCCAGGAUCCAGGACCUGCUGGAGCUCGCUCCUCCCGACAACGGCUUCCUGGCGCUGCUGACCAGCGACGACCAGCUGUUCAUGUUCGAGACGGCGGGGAUCCUGAUCGUGAACGGGGACAGUCCCGUGGACAGGAAGCAGGCGCUGAUGCGCAGCCUGCUGCUGCCGCUGAUGGACGCCUUCCGCCUGCUGCUCGCCAAGCUGCUGCAGGAGACGGAGGACGAGAGACAGGCCGCCCUCGCCGACUGCCUGAGCCACGCCGUCGGCUUCGCCAGGUCAGGACUCAGGUGUCUCGGAAUCAGGUGUCUCUCAGCUGCCCCACGGAAGGGGGUACGGGGACAUGUCGCAGAUGUGCCUGCGGCGCUGAGCUGCCCCGUCCAGCGGGGGCCGCUCCGCAGCUCGGUCCGCUCCUUCCUGCACCGCAUGAUCAUCUGCAUGGAGGAGGAGGUGCUGCCCUUCGUCCCCGCCGCCUCCGAGCACAUGCUCAAGGACUGCGAGGCCAAGGACCUGCAGGAGUUCAUCCCGCUCAUCAGCCAGAUCACCGCCAAGUUCAAGCGCCAGGUGUCCCCCUUCCUGCAGCAGGUGUUCAUGCCGCUGGUGCUCGCCAUCUUCGAGGCGCUGGCGCGGCCGGCGGAGGACAACGACCAGGCCGCCGCGCUGGAGAAGCAGAUGCUGAGGCGCAGCUACUUCACCUUCAUCCAGACCGUCACGGGCAGCGGCAUGAACGAGGUGAUGGCCAAUCAGGGAGCGGAGAACAUUGAGCGCGUGGUGUUCACCAUCAUCCAGGGAGCCGUGGACUUCCCCGACCCCAUCGCCCAGAAGACCUGCUUCAUCAUCCUCUCCAAGCUGGUGGAGCUGUGGGGAGGGAAGGACGGCAUGGUGGGUUUCCCCGACUUCAUCUACAAACACAUCGUCCCCGCGUGUUUCCUGGCUCCCCUCACGACCUUUGACCUCUCCGCUCAGACCGUCCUGACGCUGUCGGAGUGUGCCCUCACACUGAAGAUGAUCCAUCUCAAAAGGGGGCCGGAGUUCAUCCAGUUCCUGCAGCAGGACUAUUUGCCCUCGCUGCAGGUCUCACCAGAGAUCUCCCAGGAACUUUGUCAAGUCCUCCAGCAGCCGGACGUCAAAGUCCUGAAAAACUACAUCAAGGCGUUCUUCCAGCGAGCCAAGCUGUAGGAAAUGGAACAGGAAGUUCACCGCGGACACAGGAAGUGGUCGUACGUGCCACUCAACAACCAAUCAAAGGGACCUUAGCAUAGGAGCUGCUUUUGCACUUAAAAAAGUAAAA